UAACUCAUCACUAGCUGAAGUGUUGCUUCAUUACUCAUGUAACUCGUACUAGAGUAGGAAGUUAGUGAAGGUACUGUUGUGAACACAUGAGAUGUUUUCUCUUUGGUCCAAAGCGUCUUUGGUUUAAAUGAAAUGGAUUAAACGCUGCAACUCAGGUCUUGGUCACAAGCCAGCUCUAGUGUGUGAGAGAGAGGCCUUCACGACCGACUUGCGAAAUUCACCUAAACACACACUCUUACAUCCUUCUCAUGGAGGACAAAAAGUCUGUAAUGGGCACCUUACGCCAAAAAGCCAGACUCUUUCGAUACCAGCGGGUUGGCAGCGACAAAAACCCCAACAAGCCAGAGGUCAGGGAGGAACGCUUGUUGGACCAGCGGAUGAACUGUUCUGUCGCAGAAGUUCUGGAGCGGAGUCGAACAUCCUCGUUAAUAAGCCCCUCCCACCAGCAGCCAACUGACCUCCGGCCAUCCUCCGUCUGCAGCAGCAGCCCAGCAACCCCCCUCAGCGUGACUCUGCGAAAGAGAGGGGGCGGAACCGGGCUAGCUGAUUCGAUGGUGGACUCGAGCAGGUGGCCGUCGCAGGAGUCAGACACUGAGGAGCACGACGUCUCCACAGAGUCCACAGAGGAGAUGGAUCAGGUGCUGCGCUUGAGGGACACGCAGCAUCCUUCAUCAGAGAGCUUGGCAGAGAAGCUGCUUUUUAACAGAAAUGGUUCAGAUACGUUGUCCAUACAUGACAACGAGCACAAUAAUAAUCUGGACAUGAGGACAGAGACAGCUGGAGUUAGUGAGCAUCAGAGGGAAACUCAGAGAACAUAUCUGCUCACUAUAUUUCUAAAGGAGGGACGUGGACUAGUCAUUAGAGACCGCUGCGGCACAAGUGAUCCAUAUGUGAAGUUCAAACUGGAUGGGAAGACCUUGUACAAAAGUAAAGUGGUGUAUAAGAAUCUCAACCCUGUCUGGAAUGAGUCCUUCUCCUUCCCGAUCCGCAACCUGGACCAGAAACUCUUCAUCAAGGUUUACGAUCGAGAUCUGACAACAGAUGACUUCAUGGGGUCCUGCGGUGUUGUGCUGAAUAAACUGGAACUUGAAAAGACCAGCGAGAUGGUGCUUCCCUUGGACGACCCCAACAGCCUGGAGGACGAUAUGGGGGUCAUAGUCAUCGAUAUCUGCUUAUCUGUGAGGGACGGCAAAAACAAAAAACAUAGAUGGGUCAAGAGGAAAACAAGGAGCCUGACGGGAAGUACAACAGAGCAUAGCAGACGUCUCACAGAGUCACUAAAGAAGAGUCAACUCUGGACCGGCGUCUUUACCAUCACUCUGGUGGAGGGGCGGGAUUUGCCGCUGGAUGGACAGGGCGACGUGUUUGUUCGCUUCAAACUGGGAGAUCAGAAAUAUAAAAGCAAGAAUCAAGUGAAGAAGGUCAACACACAGUGGAGAGAAAAGUUUGACUUCAACCAGUUCCCUGACGGGUCCAGUAUUCUGGAGAUUGAAGUGGUGGGAAAAGAGGGACGGAAAAAUGAGGAAUGUUAUGGACAAAAUGAGAUCAGCUUGUCCGGGCUUCCACUGAACAAACCCACACUGUUUACAUGUGAGCUGGACCCGGGCAGAGGCAAGCUGGUGUUCCUCGUCACUCCCACUCCCUGCACUGGAGCUUCCAUCACGGAUCUCGUCGCCCCUCCGCUGGAAGAGCCUCAUGAGAGAGAUAAUAUGCUGGUUAAAUACAGUAUCAAGAACUCCCUGAAGGACAUAAGAGAUGUUGGUUUUCUUCAGGUUAAAGUGAUCAAGGCCACUGACCUCAUGGCUGCUGAUCUAAAUGGAAAGAGUGACCCAUUUUGUGUCCUGGAAUUGGGAAACAACCGGCUACAGACCCACACCAUAUACAAAACCCUCAACCCUGAGUGGAAUAAAGUCUUUACUUUCCCGGUAAAAGACAUUCAUGAAGUUCUGGAAGUGACUGUGUUUGAUGAGGAUGGCGACAAAGCCCCAGAUUUCUUGGGGAAGGUGGCUCUUCCUUUACUUUCAAUUCGUAAUGGUCAGCAGGUUGCUUGUCCUCUGAGGAAAGAGAACUUGGGAGGACUGUCUAAAGGAGCCAUAAUACUGGAGCUGGAAGUCAUCUACAAUUCUGUCAAAGCAAGCAUUAGGACCUUCACGCCCAGAGAACAGAAGUUUCUUGAGGACAAUGUCAAGUUUUCUAAGAAGGUUCUUGCCAGGAAUGUUGUUCGCGUGAGGAACCUUUAUCGUGCAGUGUGCCACGUCAACCAGUUCAUCAAAAGCUGUUUCCAGUGGGAAAGCGUGCAGAGGAGCAUCAUAGCAUUUCUGGUCUUUCUUCUUACAGUGUGGUACUGGGAUUUCUACAUGCUGCCCAUGUUCAUGGUCCUUCUCAUCACAUGGAACUAUCUCCAGAUUGCUUCUGAGAGAGUCACCAGAGACCUAGACACCAUGGAGUUAUAUGAAGAAGAAGAUGAAGAUGAAAAGGAAUCUGAAAGAAAAGGUUUGAUGGAGAAAAUCCACAUGGUUCAAGAGAUUGUCAUUACAGUCCAGAACCUUCUGGAAGAGAUAGCAUGCUUUGGUGAAAGAAUAAAGAAUACAUUCAACUGGUCAGUGCCGUUCUUGUCUAAUUUGGCCUUUCUGGUUCUCAUUAUGGCCACAGUGAUCACUUACUUUAUUCCAGUACGCUACAUUAUUUUAUUAUGGGGUAUACAUAAAUUCACAAAGAAACUGCGCAAUCCUUAUGCCAUUGAAAACAAUGAGGUGAUGGAUUUCCUCUCCAGAGUGCCUUCAGAUGUCCAAAUGGCGCAGUACACCGAACUGAGCAGCUGUGGUUUUCACAGUCCCUACAGGAAAAGGAGAGCAUCACCGUAGACACUAGAAAGGGAAACACUGAUCUCCUGAGAACAUUCUGUGUGAAGAACCUUUGAAGGUGCCAGGACUCGACGGCCAGGGAAUGAUUUGAACAUGUAUUUAAAAAGGUGAAUUGCAGUUGAUCUGCUUAUUUUAUUCGAAUGAACUGAAAUCAUCCCCAUCAGAUGGUCCGGUCUUUACCGCUGGGUCGAGCUGAAGCACCUUGGUUAAUGACACAGACGCAUAUCAACACUCAUAUCAUAAAGCAGCAGCUCUGUUGCGUUGAGUGAUGAAGAAAUGUAACCUGAUAAACUGAAUGGUAAAAAUAUACACCACACCGGGCCUCAAAUAUUCAUCUGUAGAUGCAAUGCCUGAACGACACAUCAUAUACAGUAUGAGUGCAAUACAAUGUAAUGCUUUGCUUUUGCUAUUUUAUACUUCAUUUUGUUUUUUCAGUCUUGUAAAAUGUGUUUUGUAAAGUCUCAUUCUAUACAAGCCACAUAUUUUUUGUUGAACAGAGAACUAAAUUUAUAUUGUAACAAAGUUUUCCAUAUGUGGUUUAGUUCUUUUGAACUUAUUUUUAUUAUGCACACAAGUCUUUCUAAUCUUUUAUUUACAUCUUAAUUAUUGCAGGGGGGAAAAAAUCGCAACACACAUGAAAAUGAGUGCAUUGAAAGUGCCUUUGACAAACUCUAGUUGUGAAAACUGAUUUUUAACUACACUCUCCUCUUAAAAAUUGUAUUUUUGUGCAAUAUGUUGUUUUGUAUAUCGAAUGGUACAGUAAUUGUAGAUGAGAGACUGCAAGUACACUUCUGAUUUGUAUUUUCCAGUGUUUUCUUCUGCUCAGGUGGAUAUUAUGUAUAUCACAGAUGUUAUCGAAUGGUUAUUUUGGUACUCUUUGAUACUAUGUUGACAGUAUACUUUUCCAUUUUGUAUUACAAUCAUUACUUAUACAUACUUAAUGACAGAGAUGGUUUGGUGUGUACUUCUCAUAAGACUUUAUUUCUUAUUACAGAAUAAGCACAAUAAAUGCAGAUCUGUAAGUAAGAAUGUGAUUAAAGAAACCCUUCAAAAGUC